UUUGUCCCGCAGACUGUCACGCAUGCGCGACUCAGAGCUAACCCGAGAAGUUCCUAGCCCUUUGUCAGGCCUGGGAUGGGAGGUCCCACGUGAUCUGAGCGACUCUCCUCAGAGCCCAAGAGGGAAGAAGUCCUUCGACGCUCCGUGGAUGCUGACUGCGCGAACCAGACAAGAGUUGAAUCUUGGGGGGCGGUGAUCAUGGAGACGGAUUUGGCCGAAGCGCCCCAGAAAAGAGCUCUGUCUUCCCAGGAUUCUCUCCUUUCCCAAGAGAAGAGUGCAGAAGGAGAUGUGGCUGCUCUGAGACUCACAACCAGCUCCCAGGAAGCCGUGACAUUCAAGGAUAUGGCCAUGGACUUGACACCAGAGGAAUGGGGGAAACUGGAUCCCGCACACAGGGACGUGAUGCUGGAGAACUACAGGAACCUGGUCUCACUUUGGCUUCCUGUUUCCAACCCUAACAACGAUGAUUCGGAAGAUAGAAAGGAACUGUUGGAGCUUAAGGAGAAGCCUCCCAAGUGCGGUGACUCAGAUGUGGAAACCAGACCUGAGAGCAAGGAGUCAACUUCAGUGCCGGACUCUUCCAAAGAAGAAUCAGACAAACUGACACAAAAUACUGCUUCCAACUCCGGCAUGGAAACUGCUCUUGAAUCUGAGCGUUGGUUAGAGCAUCAGCAAGGGAAUCUGGAGACUCACCCAAGACAAAUGUCCGCUCACACCAAUUCCCUCCCUGUGGAAAAAGAUAGUGAACGUGACGUAUAUUGGAAAAGCGUCAGUCAGGAACCUCACCUUAUGACUGGUGACGGAGAUCCCACAGGAUCCCAGGACUCUCACACUCGUAGGAAGAGAAAGAAGAAGAAGAAGAAGAAAUCAAAGUCAAUGAAAAGGCAUAGACCUUAUAAAGAGAAAAAACCUCAUAAAUGUGAUGACUGUGGCCAACGCUUCACAUUCCUUUCAGUGCUUCUUCGACACCGGAGAGUGCACACUGGAGAGAAGCCCUACACUUGCAGUGAGUGUGGGAAGUCCUUUAGCCACGGGGCCAAUCUGACUAAACACCAGAGAACCCACACGAGAGUUCUCUUCGAGUGUGGUGAGUGCAAGAAAACCUUCAUAGAAAGUGCAUCCCUCGAAGUACACCAGAGAGUUCACAUUGGAGAAAGACCUUAUGAAUGCUCUGAGUGUGGGAAAGCCUUUAACCGGAGUACACACCUUGCCCAGCAUCAGCUGAUUCAUUCUGGAGUGAAGCCUUACGAAUGUAACGAAUGCGACAAAGCCUUCAUUCAUUCAUCAGCCCUCAUUAAGCAUCAAAGAACCCAUACUGGAGAGAAGCCCUAUAAAUGCCAAACGUGUGGGAAAGCCUUUAGCCACUGCUCAUCGCUUACAAAGCACCAGAGAGUUCACACGGGGGAGAAACCAUAUGAGUGUAGCGAGUGUGGGAAGACUUUUAGUCAGAGCACACACCUUGUUCAGCACCAGAGAAUUCACACUGGAGAGAGGCCCUACGUAUGUAAGGAAUGUGGGAAGACAUUUAGCCGGAGCUCAAAUUUUGCAAAGCAUCAAAGAAUUCACAUUGGAAAGAAACCCUAUAAAUGUGGAGACUGUGGGAAAGCCUUCGUUCAUUCUUCAGCUCUGAUUCAACACCAGAGGACUCACACGAGAGAGAAGCCUUUUAGGUGUGAUGAGUGUGGGAAAAGGUUCAAGUGCAACUCAUCCCUCAUCCGACAUCAAAGAACUCACACUGAAGAGCAAUCCUGAAAGUGUACUGAGUGUUAUGUGAAGGUUGGCUUUGUUGCUGUGUUUACUAUUUGAUUGUAGAAAUAGGAGGACCACAACGUGACCCUGGGGAGUGUCUCUGUGUGUUUGGUUUCACUUGUCCAGUGUUUAACUUUGAACAGAUGGGAAAUCCCUUAGACCCAGUGGCUUGAUAAUAGUGAAAACCUCUGGCUAUAGUUCUCAAAAUUUUUCUUCUCUGUUUUCCAAAUGGCCAAUUUUAAAUUCAAGAAAUGUUUAGGAGACAGUAAUACUGUGAACGUUGUGAAAUCUGGUUUCACCAUGUUUAGUCAUAGCAGGGCCUGCUGAAGCCUUUCGUUUGGUAAGGAAAUCUUUUGUAGUGAGGAAUCUACUUUGUAGAUUAGGCUUGAGUUGUACAUCCUUAUCCUCAGGAAGACAGAGUUGUUGUGUAGUAAGGAAUCUUUGUAGAUUAGGCUUGAGUUGUACGUCCUUAUCCUCAGGAAGACAGAGUUGUUACUCUCAACUCAAAGACAGACAGACCCAAGAUAUCAUUUCCUUCAAGAGUAAUUUCUGUAUUAAAAACUAAAUGACAGUUGAGAGAUGAAAACUGCUUAAGAUUCCAUCCCCCACCAAGAGUGCUAUCUAAUUUGAUGACCAUAACUAAAUGUAUUUAUAAAAGUUCUAGGUUGGGUUUACAUGAACUGUAUUGGUCAUUGAUUCACAUAAGUGGUACUGCUAUCCUUUUGUUUUGAAAAUUCUCUAGUUCCCUUGGAGCUACCCUACAGUACCUAAUAGAUCAGGGUCUUUCAUUGCCUUUUGUGUGCCAAGGUCCCUUUCAUGGAGCCCAUGGCUUUUUAUAAUCAGAUCACCAAGGAGAGUUCAUUCCGAUACCUUAUUCAGCCUUUGGUAAACUGUGCUUUGUGACUUUUAGAAAGUUCUCUGGGUGUGUUGCAGUUUGAACAUAUCAAAACUUGGCUUGAGCCAAAUCGAUAGGGACCAAUGUGUUAUUUGAUUCAAAAGAACUCUGAAGCAACUGUGUGGCACCCUGGCAUACUCUUUAGUAUUUAAAAAAAAGCUCACAGAACAGCCCUGACUUACCCAAGGAUAAACAUCUUUUUCUCCCACUUAUCUGGCUUUCAUGUUUCCUCACAUUAUUUUAUUAUUCUUAUCUUCCAUACAUUCAUUGGUCUUUAUCCCUGUUCUCUUAAGUAAACAUGCCGUGAAAUCAUGGUGUUCUAUUACUGUAAGUGACUGAUGUGACCAAAAGCAAUCAAGAGGAUGAGAAACACAAAAACGAAAGCUCAAGUAACUGUUGAGUAAAACAAUACACUGUGACAGCUUUUUAUUAUUCUAUUCUGUAUUAUAGGUUAUCUGAGAAUAAAAUUUUAGGAAAAAGUAA